UAUGCAAUCCAUAUAUUUUCAGAUAAAAAAAAUAAGUUUUAUACAUAUAUAUUCCUAAAACAUUAUCGAUCAAAGUAAUUUGAGCAGUUGUAAUCCUUCAGAUCCUGAAUUUAUAUAUAUAUGUAGAUGUCAAAGAUUGGUUGCAGAAGCAAAGGCGGGAGCAAUCGUUCAUCACUGCAAUGGUUAUUCAGAAUUACUAUUGUUCUUCAGUUCCUCUUCCUAAUGGUUGUUUACUCGGCCGAUAAUGCAUCCACAGAUAUUAGGUUAAAUUCGACAAAUACUGGCCAGAAAGUUUCACAGCCUCUGAGAUUGGAUGUCACGAAAAAACAUGUGGUAAUGGAAAACGGUCACAUAAAAGUAACGUUCACUAAUCCAACCGGAUCCAUUGCAGCAAUUGAAUACAAUGGAACUGAUAACGUAUUGGAACAUUCCAGAAAGGAAACCGAUAGAGCGGAAUGGGAUAUUGUUUGGAGUACACCGAAAAGGCCUAACAAGUUUGAUAUUCUUUUCGCAACAAAUUUCACAGUGAUAGUCGACGAUGAAAAGCAGAUCGAGCUUUCUUUUACAAAAUCUUUUCAAUCCCAUGAUGAUGCAAGUGCUCCCGUCAUUGUUGACAAAAGGUAUGUGCUCCAGCCUGGGCGUUCAGGAUUUUACACAUACGCAAUAUUUUAUCACCCUCAAGGAUGGCCAGAUAUGGACAUUGGUGAAGCAAGGAUUGCCUUUAACCUAAGAAAAAGCAUGUUUAGUUAUAUGGCUAUAUCAGAUGACUUGCAAAGAGUGAUGCCAACUGCAAAUGAUCGGAAAUCCGGUGAGAAACUAGCCUUCAAAGAAGCUGCUUUACUAACUCAUCCAUCCAAUAGUAGUUUGAGAGGGGAGGUGGAUGAUAAGUACCAAUAUUCUUUAGAAAAUAAAGACAUUAAAGUACAUGGAUGGAUUUGUCCAGCGCCCCAUAUUGGAUUUUGGAUCAUCACAGGUAGUAGUGAAUUCCUUUCAGGUGGCCCAAUAAAACAAGAUCUUACGUCUCAUGUUGGUCCAACUUCUUUAAUGGUAUUCUUUAGCGAUCAUUAUACAGGCGAAGGGUUUACACUAAGCUUGCGAAAUGGGGAGAGUUGGACAAAGGUUUUCGGUCCCAUUUUUAUAUACCUCAAUUCAGACUCAAGCAAAAACCCAUCAACCCUUUGGAGAGACGCUCAGAAUACGGCUACCCAAGAAAAUAGAAAUUGGCCCUAUGAUUUUCCGAAAUCACACCACUACCCUGACAGAGAUUUUCGGGGUACACUUAAAGGCCGACUACGAGUUCGUGAUAGGUUUUUAAGUUCAGGGUUUGUAGAGGCAGAAUCUGCACACAUUGGGUUGGCCCCUCCGGGGGAUGCUGGAUCAUGGCAACGAGAUGUCAAGGGAUAUCAAUUUUGGACAGAGACAAACGAUAAGGGAGAGUUCAAGAUCAACGCAGUUAGACCUGGAAUCUACAACUUGUAUGCUUGGGUCCCUGGAAUCCUUGGAGACUACAAAUACAACCAUCUAAUUGUCGUCAGGCCAGGAGACAAGAUUGAUCUAAAGGAUCUUGUAUUUGAUCCUCCAAGGAACGGUCCAACCUUAUGGGAAAUCGGAAUCCCCGACCGCAAGGCAUCCGAGUUUUUCAUCCCCGAUCCCGAUCCUCACCUCGUCAACACCUUAUUCCUCAACCACAAAAACGAAAAGUUUAGACAAUAUGGGUUAUGGGAUCGUUAUACAGAUUAUUACCCUGACAAGGAUUUGGUGUACACAGUUGGCCAAAGUGAUUACCGAAAAGAUUGGUUCUUCGCACAUGUUAAUAGAGUUGGAAGGAACAAAGCAUAUGAAUCCACCACAUGGAAAAUUGUAUUUAGGCUGAAUGAUGUGAGCGAAAGGGGGACUUAUACACUUCGGAUUGCGUUAGCUUCUUCCUCUUAUGCCAAUAUUUUAGUUUGGAUAAACAAGCAACAUGGACGGCCCAACUUCAUAAUCAAUGGGCUGUGGAAAGAUAACGCAAUUGCGAGACACGGAAUUCACGGGCAAUAUUCGGAGCACACAUAUAAUUUUUCCGGAGGCGAACUUGUGAAGGGAGAAAACACACUAUACAUAGAGCAGUCCAGAGGUGGAAGCCCAUUUGUUGGAGUGAUGUAUGACUAUAUUCGCUUGGAAGGUCCACCGCCUCAACCCACGUACUAAUCACGAUCACGAUUUUCGACUUCCGUGCAUAAAUGUGCACUAGUAUCUCUUACGUAUUCUUAUGUAUGUAUGUGUUUCCUAUUCAAAUAAUGAUAUCAUAUUAAAAAUACUUGCAACUUAUCCAUAAUAUAGUCUCCACAAAGUAAUAAGGACAUAUUUCGAUUUUGAGCUUGUUCCAAAAUGCAGGAUUCGAUCAAUUUCUUGUUUGACAAAUGAACUUUAACCUUUCUUUUACUUCAAUAGUUCAAUC